AUGGAUGCUGAUGAUGAUAAUGAUGUGAUGGUUGCUAUCUUAUCGAUGUUGUUAUUAUCGUUGUUGCUAUCGCUGUGUUAUGCAUCUGCACCAUAUGUCUCUUUGUUGUUGUUUAAUCUUUACACCACCACCACUACCGCGGUGACCAUCGACACAACUUUAUCAUCAUCAUCAGUACAACGACAUCGCCAAACAGGAUCGAGGAUUGACAAUUUUGGAACCAUUGUACAAGUAAACUCAAAGAGAACCUAUGACUGUGGUUUAACACUGAAUACAAGCAGCAAAAGAGCAUUUAGUAGUGGUGCUUCUACUAGCAGUUCCACUAUUGCAUCUCCAAACGCAUCAUCAACAUCGACCACUUCAAAUAAUACAAUUUCUGAUCAAAAGCAGCAACAACAACAACAAACACAUGCAACAACCACAAGUACUGCUUAUAUAGGAUACAAGGAUAAGAAAAUAUUAAUCCAUGGCAAUGAUGUUGGAGGUGUUUCUUUAGCAUUAUUUUUAAAGAAAAAAGGAAUUUCAAGUGAAUUGAUUGAAACCAAACCAAUUAUAUCAUCGGCAUCGUCUUCUUCGGCCAUUUCAUGUUACACACCAACUUUCCAGUCAUUGGACAGAGGCUAUUUUAUUUCUUUCAGCAAUGCUUCCAUACUCAAAAAAUACGGUGUCUUUGAUAACAUCCAUCGAAAGGGAUUCAAUAUCAACAACCAGUUGACGGUCAGCAGAGACGGAGACAAGUAUGGAUCACUCGCCUAUGAAAAGUGUUCGCCAAGUGACUCUCCCAUCCGCCUCCCAUUCACUAUGACCGAGUCGGCAUUAAUCGAAUCGCUUCUAUCCGAGUGUCUCCAAACCCCUCAAUUAGGAGAAGGAACAGUUCGUAUCCGUAAACAAAAGAUAAGAUCAAUCGAACAACAACCACAACAACAACAAAAUAACAACAACAAGGAUGGAAAAGCAUUAGUAUCAUUCAUGGACACUGGGUCUAGGAUUGGAUAUGAUCUAGUAGUAGGUGCUGAUCCAUUCGAUUACCACCAUUCACACACUGUCAAUGCCAAUACACCACCCAACACAACUGUAUCGCAUAUUAGACAAUAUAUUUUAAACCGUGUUCCACAGACCAAGGAAUCAUACACCCUCUACCAAUUCUCGACCAUUGCUAAUCGUCCACCAGUCUUCCCAGCAAUGGUACUCCGUCAAUUUGCCAAGGACAAGCGUAUGCUUGCUUUCCCUCUUCCAAAUGAACGUGUUGCCAUAUCCGGUGCCUUUAUCAGACCACCAAACACUGCUCAAGAUCCAGACAAUGGAAGAAACAAGGUCUAUCACACCAUGUGCGAUUUCGAAGAUCUAGGUGCACACACUGUCGUUGCACUCCAAGACAGUGCACCUGAAAAUAUGAAAUUAGAAAGAUUUGAUCCAAUCAGAUUAAAAGAUUUUGUCUCUGGAAAUAUUGCUCUCAUGGGUGAAGCUGCAGAUAAAUUCACUUUAGGUUCGAUUGAAUCAUAUUCAGCAGCAAUUGAAGAUGCAAAUGAAUUGGCAGAAAUAUUAUCAACUUCUAAUCCAAAUCAAAUUGAACAGUCACUUGCAAGAUAUAAUCAACAACGUCAAACUCGUCUUUCGACCAUUGCAAAUGCUAUCCUUGAACAAGAUACCUUUACAUUUAAGGGUGGUUGGAAAAUAACUAUGCUUGGUACUUUGUAUCUAAAAUAUUUCUUUGCUCAAUUUAAUCAAUCAAAAUUGGUUAAAUAA